AAAUAAAAUAAAUCUAGUUUUUUUUUCUUUAUAAUAUUACACCCAUUUGUAAAAAUAACUUUAUUCCAAAAAUUAAAAGUCAUUUUUUUUUUAUAAAAAUUAAAUUGCUCCAGUUUUUUUUUUUUAUUAAAAAAUGAAAUAUAAUAUUUUAUUAUUUGUAUCCAUUGUAUUUUCUUUUAUUUUAUUUAUUCAUUGUGAAAAUAGUUCAAAACCACUUAUAGGUUACGAAUCUGGAGAUGUUUUUAAUGGAUUCAAAUUAUUAGUCAAUAGGUACUAUUACCCAGACUCCAUUAUAUUAAAUCCUAAUGUAAGUUUAAUAAUUCAAAAUAGCUUAAAUAAUGUUGCUAAAGUGCAAAACGAUGGACAUACAAGCUAUUCAGGAAAAAGAUUUUGUUUGGAUUAUCAGGAAUCUAAAGUAAAUGUUGAUAAUCAUCAGGUUUCUGUUGUUGAUAUUAUAUUGUUAUAUAAUAUUCUUCUAUUACCACCAUUUUUUAUUUUAAUUGUUAUAUUUUUAUAUAAUUUAUAUUAAAACAAAAAACAAAAAACAAAAAAAAAACUAAAAAAUUUUUAAUGUUUUUUUUACAAUUCAAAAAUUAUUAUUACAUAUUGUAACCUAAUUUAUAAAUGCAACUAAAUAAAUUAAUUUUUUAUUUAUAACAAAUUUAUAUUGUAUAUUUAUAUUUAAAUU